AUGAGGUUGUUUGGGGAUGAAUCGAUGUUACGACAUAUUAAAAAGUGCAAGGAAGCAGAAGGAAUUUUGAACAAUGAAGAAAACUGGGCAAUAUCUUUAGAAGAGCUUGAUGCUUUCAUUGCUAUUAUUUAUGCAAGAGGAGCAUACGGUUGCAAUGGUAUGGAUUAUGAUUUUUUGUGGAAUAAUACAUGGGGUCCUCCUUUUUUCCGAGAAACAAUGUCUCGCAAUCGUUUUCGAGACAUUAUGAAAUAUCUAAGAUUUGAAUUGAAGUCAACUAGGACUCAGCGUUUAGAAAAUGAUAAGUUUGCACUUUUUUUCGAUAUUUGGAAUAAAUUUAUACAGAACUGUGAGAAUUCCUAUAAACCAGGAGAAAAUCUAGUUGUGGAUGAGCAGUUAUUUAAAUCCAAAGCCAGGUGUAAAUUUAUACAGUAUAUGCCGAAUAAACCUGAUAAAUUCGGUAUCAAAUUUUGGAUGUUAGUCGAUGUAGACUCGAAGUAUAUGUGCAAUGCUUUUCCAUAUCUUGGAAAAAAUGCAUCGAGAAGUGAAACUGAAAGUCUUCCUGAAAUGCGUCUUCUAAGCCAUUAUCCGAAUUAA